AUUUCCUUGAAUAACGUAUGGAAGGGGAGGCUAGGUAGCGAUUACGCAUUUAGCAACAGCAUCAGGGACAGCAGGGACUGGUAUUACAUAGCAUAACAGCCAUAACAGUAGAGCCAGCGUAGUACGUAUGUAGGACUGGGCGUGAGAUGUGUUGUCUGUGUGGGCAGUGUGCCAGCAGCAGGAGGAGGCUUAUGAAUUGUAAUGUUUGGAAAGUGGACGAGUUUCAGAAAAUGUGGUAAAUGAAAAUAUAAAUUAUACCAAAGUUGUUCUGGGUAUGGUAAAACCACUGAGAAUGGAUACCUGGUUGCUUCGUCCUCCCAUUUUGGUUGGGGAAAGAAUUGUGUGGCUUGGUAGUGGAAGUGGUUUGCCACAAUGUGGCAUUGUUCGCUGGAUAGGCAAAUUGCCAGAGAUGGGUUCUGACUGGACUGUUGGUGUGGAGUUGGAUAAUCCUUUACCAUAUGGAGGCAUAGAUGGUACUUGGGGAAGCAGGCAGCUCUUCACAUGUGAACCUAAACAUGGCCUGCUUGUUCCAGUUACAAAAACCAUCAAGGAAUGUGACUUGUACCAGUGGUCAAAAGAAAACAUAGAGAUAAACUUACAGUAUGGCAGAGGGGAGGGUGAACUUUUUCCAGAAGUUCCCCCUGGGUCUCCCACUGAUGUUCCAGAACCACGAAUACCCCCUACAUGCUCAUCACCUGUCAGCAAGCUUGUGACUAGUGAAGGGCCACGUCCUGCUGUCAGAAGAAGGAAGCGUCAGUGUCAAGUGCUUGCUCAUGACACUCGUCUGCCGACACAGCAGCCAAAGGCACCGAAGCGAAAAGUGAAAAGUGAAGUGAUCAGUCCCUUACCAAGAAUUUAUGAAUCAAACAAAGAAAACUCAGAAUCUCCAUUGACAUAUUUCAGUGAUAUCAACACUGUCAAAUCUUCUUCCAGUGAUUUUCAUACACUUAGAUCUUUCUCAAAUGAUAUUAUUACUCCUGAAUCUUCACAUGAUUUUGAUACUCUUACAUCUUCUUACAAAUAUGUCAGUUUACCGAAAUCAUCAUUGAAUAAUUUUAACACACUUGAAACCUACACUUCAGGGGACUAUAGUGAUUAUCAGUGGUUUGAUGCCAAGGAUGAGGAAAGUUAUUUCACAGGUUGUGAAAAUAAUUUGAGUGAACCAGUGAAUGUAAAUAUUCAUAAACAGUACCAUGUGAUAGAAGGUCAGCAAAUCAGAAUAAUUCAAGGAGAGUCAUGUAAGCACAUAGAAGUUAAAACACCCAGUCAUGGUGGUGGGCGUAUUGAAAGAAUGAAUGAGUUUAAUGUACAGAAAAAAUAUGAUGAGCAGGAUGAUGAUUCUUCAUAUGAAGACACAACGACUGCUGUAGACAGGCUACAUUCAAAUCAAUUUGGGCAACAUUUUUCUGAAAAAUCUACUUCUGCAGCAAAUACUGAUUCUGGAUCUCGCCAAGAAAAGACUGCAAGUGGCUUCUUUUCAUUCCUGCGUUGGUUCCGGAAAGGAAAGGACGGUGAUGAUAACUGUGAAGAGGUUGGAGAUGGAUCAUUUAUUAAAGGACUGGCUUGCCCAGAAGUUCCAUCUUCACCUCAGCUAAUCCGCAGCACAAGCUCCAGUUGUGGUAGUAUAGAUACACUUUUCAGCACAGCCACUGUUAACAGUUUUGCUUUUGUAACACCUGCUUCUUACAGACCUUUUGGUAGUGCCAGUCAACCUGAGAAACGAAUAGCAGUUGGUCCAGAUACUGAUACUUACAAAGAUAGACUUCAGCAGAGAGACCAGAUAAGGGAGCUGGAUAGAAAUCUGACCUUGAGGAAGAAGUACCACCUGUUUGGAAGUGGAACAUUGGCGAGGAGUAGUGCGAAUACCCCUAACUCUAGUCCUGUGGUAGAGAGAAAGGGUAAGGAUACAACAGAACAGGCAAUACAAGUUCACAAUUUAACCCCAGGAAGUCAAAAUUCAACAUAUGGGAAAAAGAAACGCAAAGCCCCUGAUCCUCCAAGAGCUGAGUUUAGUGAUAGUCUCCCAAACUCAUUAGAUAAAUGUAGGUCUAAGAGUAAGAGUAUGGACAAUGGGGAUCCAGUAGCUGUGAGAAAGCCACGACACAGAAGAACUGUUAGUGAUUCAGCAAAGGAUAAAAAAGCUGGGGCUUACUGUCACGUCAAAGGAAAGCGCAGAGCUCCGCAACCACCAUCCCCAUGCAGUAAUUUAGAGCUGCAAGAUGACAGCACCUUAGAAAGGUUGCACAGUCAGUUUGGAAGUUUUGGAAGAAAGAAGCGGCCUGCGCCACAACCACCAGAAGACAAUAUUAAGAAGAGAGGUAACAAGGAUAGCUGGACCACUCAUUCCUAUCAAGAAAGAAGCAAGUCAACUGUUGAACAACUCUCUCCUGAAGAGAAAGAACGACUUAUUGCAAAUAUAGCUAAGCUGAAAGCUCAUGCUGAUAAGAAGGCCUUACGUUCCUUAGACAAUAUGGAUUCGGAUUUGAAGUCCUCUGAUGAACAAGUUGUUUGUAAUGACUCACUUAAACUGGAGAGAGGAGUUCUGAAGCCAAACAAGGAGUUGCCGAAGAUGGAUACUUCCAUUUCAGAAAGUAAAGCAGCACCAGUGUCACCUCGGCCCUGGUACAAGAGAAACCUUACAAACAAGGAUGGGUUAAGUGGGCUUAAGCGAGAUAUCUUCAAGAGUCUAGAGAAAAAGAAAGAAAGAGAGAAGGAAAAGCAUGAAGAGUGGAUGCCUGAAGUUGGCAUUCCCAGGGUUGUAGGGUCUAGUCUGUCCAGUGAUGGCAGCAGUUGCAGCAGUACUAGCAGCAAAUUCAACAUUUUUGCCAGACUUGACCGGAGUGAUGACAAGAAGAAAGAGGGUGAUAAACGGAAAUCACAGGUCUCGUUGCUGGCCAACAUCAGUGAGUUGGAUCGAGAGGCUGCAGAAAUAGUUCAAAAAGAGCAAGCACGGGAGCAGGCACUCUUGGCUGCUCAAGAUGCAAAGUUCUACUCCUAUCCAGAUGUACCAGUAAUGAGCAGUUGCAGUGAAGAAGUGGAAAUACCGAAGCGUAGCUCUGCUCGGGAACUCAUAUCUCUGUUUAAUGCAAUUGGUAAUGCUACCAAAGUCACUGUUAACACCACUUUCUUUUCAAAGGAGGGCUCUAGCUUCUUCUCAAGAGAAGGUAUUGAAAAAAGGUUUUCUUUUAUGGGAGAAAGUUUACGUACUGCUGAACGAACAGUUGUCGUUGGUGAAAAGACAUUUCAACAUCAGAAAUCAAACCAGGCAUUUGUUACAGACUCUAACAGCUCAUCAGCAAAUUCCCCUGGUGUAGAAAGAGAUAAGGACUCAAUUGAUUCAACCAGAAUGACUGGAACAUCAGAUUUAGGAUCUGCUGUUGCUAUAGAGGAAAUUGAAGAUAGCCUUGAGAAAUCAUCUCGAUCUCAAGUGAUGUAUGAAGUCAAUAAAUCUCGUAGGCAUCACUCUCCUAGUCCAAGUAUUCCCACAAUUGCUGAACAGUCAGAAUCUGCAAGUUCUGUAGCCACAACACCUGCUUCUACUUUGGACCCACCGCCAGAUAGUAAUCAUGACUGUAGCAACAUUCCUGUAACAGAUCCUAGUCCAGAUGUUUUGCAGCAAGCAAAGCGUGUGACAAUAUGGAGCUGUCCUAGAUGCACCCUGGAAAAUCCCCGUUGGAAGAUAUCUUGUGAUGCUUGUGGCAGGUGGAGGCCCUCCCUUAUGGAUGAUGAGCCUGAUUCAUUGAAGUGUGAUGAGCCAUUUCAGCGACCCACCUCACCUCUACAUGAUACUAAGAAGCCAACAACAAACAAAGUUCAGAUUAUAAAAAUGGAAUUGUCAAAAAAAGGAAAGGGUAUUAAUUGGGAAGAAGAAUUGAAGAGAUAUUUACCCCAGAAGGCUGUUAGCAAGGAUAAACAUAUUUCCAAGCAUCCUAGUGAAGAUACGGAUCUAAGAAUAGAGAACAUUGCAAAAAUUUCUGUUGAUGGCAUACAGAUAAAUUCCAACACCCAUAGCCAAGUGGUAGCAGUAGCAGAAAAUGAUACUGGAAAGACAAAGAGUGAAGAAUUGCUUACAGACAAAAAUAAAACAUCGCCAUCUACAUUCAUUGGAGACAUAAAAGAGGAUAAAGAGGAAGCCAUUAACAAAAGUGCAGAAGGCGGUUCUGGUACUCUAAUGGUGAAUGGUGUAGUACCAUUAAGGGAGAAACCAGAUGUGGUUGAAGUGAGAAAAGCCAGGCUUGCCUUUUUCAAUCGAACAACUGAGAAGCAUAAUCAAUCGAUUUUCUGUUGUGAAACUUCUGUGUUAGAUGAAUCAGGUGUAGAACAGAAAGUUCAUGAAGAUAUUAGUAGUGAAUUGGCAACAAGGAAAAAGCAAGUAGAUAAAAUUGAACAGUUGAAACUUAGGGAAAUGUUAAAAGACAUGAAAAAUUCUCUCCCCAAGAGACCCCAAAAAACCAUAAUUAGUAUUGACAAAAAUCAAACUUCAGGUGUUGGAAACAGUUUAAAAUCGAAUGAAAGUGACAGUAUUGAGUCUAAACCUCUGCAUAAUGUACAUAAACUUGGCGCAAUUAAGAAAGUUCCACAGAGAGCAUCAAAACGUGAACCUAAAAAUACUAAUAAUCCAUUAGGAGCUAAUUCCAAUCAAGAAGAUAAAUUUAAAUUUCAGAAUGGAAUUGAGGAUGAAAAUAAGAAAGCUGAGGCUAUUUGUAUUACAACAAAAACAGUGUAUGAGGGCAUCAAAAUGAAGAAAGCAGGGAAACCUCUGAAGGUAUCAACAUCUGUACAGACAAAUUCCUAUAUGCGAAAAACCAACGUAGAACAAGGAGAAAAUUCGAAGAGCAUGACAAUGGUUCCUGUGACAGUGGAGGAAUUUUCGACUACUGGAAUCAAAGAUGGUGUGCUAUAUACAUCUCUGAACAAGGAUUCACGCCGCAUCGGUAAAGGAACAUUUGAAUUGAUCCAUGCCAGGGAUUUUGCAAAUAUUGAGGCAACUAAAAUUACUGGUGAAUCAAGUGCUGUCCAUGUCUAUGCAAAUGUUCCUCCAUCUUCCAUCCCAGAACAGAAUUCUCACCUUGUUUCUGAAUGUAUUACUCAGCCUGUUUUCCCUCCUCAACAGCCAGUACCAGCAUUGGUCCAGCAUCAUAGUGGAAACAAGAGAAAUGUUAGUAAAACUGAAGAAAGCAUACAAAAUGGAAAAAAGAAUGAUCUUGGGAAGCAAGGCGUUGCGUUGUUCAAGGAAUCCUCCCAUGCCACAUCCAGUGUCACUUCUGCUGAUUCUGAUUUGAACAAAGGAGGACCUUAUCAGUUGAAUCAAGGGACAUCUGAAACUAGUAAUUCCUCAGUGGCAAGCGUCAGCAGUGGUGAUUGCAGUGAAGUUGAAAGGCUAACUGCACAACUCACUCUCCCCAAGGGAAUAGCAGAUUUCAAAGCCGAUCUCCGAGCAACACCUCCAGAGCAGAAUAUGAAUACCCUAGCUAUUAAUCGUUUGUUGCGUCGUCUUGAAGCAGCUAUUGCUGGUGGACAGCAUAACCAGGCAGCAGUGUUGGCUAAAGACCUAGCGCGACUGAAAAUCAGUUGCUCUGUAACUCGACAGCGUCGUAGUUUGGAUGCUAGUCCAGCAUCUAUCAUGGUUGAUAUGUAUGUGGAGGAUAAAGUGUCUCACCAAGGACCCAUCUCUCUGCAAGUGAUUCCCACCAUGACAGUUGCUCAACUGAAAGAGAAAGUUGAAGAGGAAUUUGAGAUUCCAGUUAGGGUUCAGCGUUGGAUUCUCGGAAAGCUGCUCGCUUCAGAUGAUAGCAAAAUGCUGCAGGAUCACAAUGUCAAUUCCAAUGGCUGUCCAAUGUUCCUUUAUUUGGUUGCACCUGAUGGUGAACAGGAAGGAGAUUCCAUGGGAACAGCUGAAAGCGUAAAGAAGCACAAUGCAUGUGAAGUGACUGCCCAUGUUCCUGGCCCAGCAGCGCCUCAGCCUGAGCAUCCUGGUGGAGGGUGGUAUUACAAUAAUGAAGAGGAUCGUUACAGCUUUUGUGAGGAUACUGAGUCAGAAAUGACAGAUGAUGAUGAUGAUGAUUCAAGGGAAACAAGUCCAGUGAAGGAAGGUAAUAGACCGGAUGAGAGUAGGAAAGACACAAAAGAUGAUGAUGAUAAUGAAAAGGGAGAUGAUGCAAUAGUGGGUGCAGCAGCUGUGGUGAUACAUGAGAGACCAGUAGUUGUACAAGCACCAUUCAUUGGCAGAUCAUUUGUGAAACAGGCUCCUCAGUUCCAGAAGACAGUAGUAGAUCAACAGCCAAACAGAUCAUCUUCAAGUAGAGCAUCUCAGCUUCUGAGUCUGGAGGAAACUAUGAAACCUGGCACAGAUCAAACUUUUCAGUCUCCAAAAGGCACACCUAUAAGAAGGGCGACCAUUACAGACCAGAAGGCUGGUACUCUCCAGCUAGGUUGGAAAUGCCCUCUCUGCACCCUCGUCAAUUCACCAACACGACCUGGAUGUGCAGCCUGCACAACUGAAAGGCCCUUACGUUAUGUUGUGCCAGUGGAGUAUCGUGCCAAUGAGCAAGAAUUGCAGCGUAUGAAACAGGAACAGCUGCUGGACAAUGAAUUGCAACAGAUUACUGCAGAACAGAGAUUACAGGAACUUGAGAAACAGCAUCAACAUUAUUUGCAACUGGUGGAUCUAGACAAUACAGACUUGGUCCCUAAUAUGGAGCCCUUUGAAUGUUCAGUCUGCAUUGUUCAGUAUGAGGCAGGUGAAGGAGUUGUGCUGCGGGAAUGUCUACAUGUGUUCUGCAGAGCUUGUCUUGCAAGCACUGUGCAGUUUAAUGAGGAGGCUGAAGUGAAAUGUCCUUACAGAGAUGCUGAUUAUGCAUGUAACAGUGUACUUCAGGAAAGGGAAAUAAAAGCUCUAGUUCCUGCAGAUGUAUAUGAACAGCAUUUGGCAAAAUCUGUAGCUCAAGCUGAAAACAAAAUAGGGAAUGCAUUCCAUUGCAAAACUCCUGACUGCAGAGGCUGGUGCAUUUUUGAAGAUAAUGUCAAUGAGUUUAGAUGCCCUGUUUGCAGAAGAACAAAUUGUCUCACUUGCCAGGCAGUCCAUGAUGGUAUGAACUGCAAACAGUAUCAGGAGCAAGUGAAGCAGGAAUCAGAAACUAAUGCUGAAGCCCGCCGAACUAAAGAGAUGUUAGAGGAAAUGGUUGAACGAGGAGAAGCUAUGAACUGCCCUACAUGCCAAGUAAUCCUAAUGAAAAAGUGGGGUUGUGACUGGCUACGCUGUUCCAUGUGCAAGACUGAGAUAUGCUGGGUUACACGAGGGCCCAGAUGGGGUCCUGGGGGCAAGGGAGACACAACAGGGGGAUGUCAGUGUGGAGUGAAUGGUGUGAAGUGCCAUCCCCGCUGUAAUUACUGCCAUUGAGAAAUCUUCUUUCCAUGUGUGAUGUUACAUGAAUAUUAUUUUAAGUUAAAAUAUCUCAAUUUUUGUAUUUGAAAGGGUGAAUUGUAAUAUUUAUCAUGUUCUAGUCAUAUACAAUGAAGUCUUUUUUUUUUUUCUAAUUUCCUAUUAUUAAUGAUGCCAUCCAGUGAUUUUACAAACAAGCUGCCUUGAAUGUGACAAUAAAGUUAACAGACUGUUGAGAA